AUGAUGGCCAAGUUCCUUGUGCUCCUGUGCAUCGUUGCAAUCUUCACUAACCACUGCAGCCAUAACGCCGAUGCCUCCAUAGCACCCCGGUCGUAUUUUUCCAGUGUUCGUACGCCUCAGUCGCCAAACGACCCAGUCAUCGCUGACGCCGCCAACUGUGCGGUGGAUCAGCUUCGAGCACUGUCAGAUUCCGGCAUCUACACGACGUUGUCGCUCUCUAAGAUCCACGCAGCAGCGACGGAGUUAGGGGAUUUCCAUUACGUGAUUCACCUGCAGGUAGCGUUAGCGUCUCCCUAUUUCCGCAGUAAACAAGAAGUGGAGGACUUCGAGAUGAUGGUAUUGGAGAGCAAGCCUCGCAUAGAGGAACGCGCUAGCGGCAAAUUCAACGCUACCCGCAGUAUUGCUAUUGAUGAAUUUCCGGAAAUGGACGAAGACGCUAUUGAGAAUUUCUGGAUAGAAAUGGUUGAACAAAGACGUCAACGUCGCCGCGAGUUGUUCGACAAGUGGGAACGUGAAGAACAAGAAAACGAGGCAAGUAGCAGCACUAAUCAACCUGGGAAGGUCACAAAGACCUUAACACUCGACGAACUCCAGAAGAUGCCUACCAAGCAGCUUCGUCAGCUACUCACACCGGAGAGUACAGCUGCGCUCCGUGCCGCUAUCUCAGCCAUUCUGGACGAACGCCUUACACUCCUCGAACAACGCGAAGAAGCUCUUAACCGCGACGAACUGUAA